AUGGCCUCGGAACACCUUGCAUGCGGCCCUCGCCGUCGCGAGACCGUCCAGCCCGUAAUCGGUGUCGUAUUCUACUCGACCUUUGGCCACGUCGCCGCCCUCGCUGAGGAAGUUAUCAAGGGUGCCGAGGCUGCUGGCGCCAUCGUCAAGCCCUAUGUCAUUCAGGAGACUUUGUCAGAGACCAUCUUGGGCAAGAUGCACGCUGGCUCUUCCUUGAAGCCUAAGUACCCUGUCAUCACACCCAACGACCUCAAAGAGCUGGACGGUUUCUUGCUCGGUGCCCCCACCAGGUACGGCCGUCUCCCCGCUCAGGUCGAUGCCUUCUUCGACCAGACCGGCGGUCUCUGGGCUACCGGUGCUCUCGUAGGAAAGUUUGUUGGCACAUUCACCUCCACUGCUGGGCAACACUCUGGUCAGGAGAGUACUCACAUUACCACCUUCCCCUUUUUUGCCCACCUCGCCUACGUUCCCAUCGGGUACACCGACCCUUCUGUCGGUAACGUCGACCAAGUCCAAGGCGGCUCACCGUACGGUGCCAGCACUGUCGCUGCUGCCGAUGGCCAUCUCCAGCCCACUGCCAACGACUUGAAGGUGGCCGCCCACCAAGGCAGCUACUUUGCGACUUUCGUCGGUACUUUUGUGAAGGGAAAGAACGCCAUCACCGCCGCCGGCAACUCUGCCCCUAUCGCUGCUGGCACCACUUCCACUGAGCCCGCUAGUGAAGUCCCCGCUACGAAGGAAGGCGAGAGCUCUGCUGCUCCUGCCGUCGGUGCUGCCGGAGUCACCGGUGCUGGGGCUGCUGGAGCCGCUGCCGUCGCCUCCAAGAACACCAACUCUGAGACUCCCGUGACCGACUCUACCACCGCCCCCGUGACUGGAGACAAGGCCGUCACCCCCGAGAGCAAGCCUGUUGAUGGUACCACCGGCGCUACUGCAGCUUCCACCGAGAAGCCCGUGGAUGGCACUACCGGCUCUACAGCCACUCCCGCUGAGAAGCCCGGCGAGAGCAAGCCCGCCGCAGGCGCUGCUGCUACCACUGCCGACAAGCCUGCCGGUACCAAAUCUGCGCAGAAGAAGAAGAAGUCUGGAGGUUUCCUCGGGUGCUGUGGUGGAAGCAACAUCGACUAA